CCACGCCCGAGGUCCGCCAUUCACAACAUGGCCGCCCAUCCGCCCGUUCCCAUGGAAUCCCGCGGCCUACAGUACUAACCUGAGUUAGAGAACACACGUGUGCGGCAGGGAGCAGCCAUGGAGGUCGCCGUGCCGAGCCCUGACCCGGGGGAGUGUCCUGUCACUGUGCAGCCCAAGAGGAAGAUGUCUCUGUAUAGCUGUGAGACCUGUGGAGGAGAAGAAGCCAGAUACAAGUGUCCGGGGUGUAUGAAGUAUUCCUGCAGCUUACCGUGCGUGAAGAAGCACAAAGCGGCCGUCGCCUGCAGCGGGGUCAGAGACAAGACCGCGUUUGUUCCUUUGAGCAAAUUCAGCGAUAUAGACCUACUGAGCGACUAUCGGUUUUUGGAAGAUGCUGGAAGAGUGGUGGAUCGUACAUCCAGGGACGGGCUGUUACCCCAGGAUCCAAAGAGGAAGUCUCUGAGCUACCUGCGGAACAGAGCCAGGAAACGCCACGUUGAUCUGAAGUCGCUGCCCUUUGGCUUCUCCAAGAAGAGAGAAAAUUCCACGCAUUUUAACAAGAAGGAGCAGAAGUUUUACUGGCACCUGAAGCUUCUCUUCCCGCAGUGUCAGGCGGAGUACGCGGAGAAAAGGGUGCCGGAAGAUAAGACCAUCGGCGACAUCCUGAAAAAAUACAUCGACCCGGCUGCGUCUGAUCCCACCAUCCGGCAGAGGCCACGGCGUGGCUGGAAUUGCUGGUUACAGGAUUGGCUGACUCCCCUCUCUUCCAGGCUGAAGGCGUAUGUGAGGGCUCCGUCUGAUGUGAAGGUGUUUGUAGUGGGAGAGCGGACAACACCUGGACAGAACAGGAGCUGUGAGCUGGACUCCAGCAAGACCCUUAGGGAAACUCUCAGGAACAAGACGAUAAUAGAGUACCCCACUCUUUGUGUGACUGUACAGGGCACUACUACGGACGCUGUGCCAGAGAAACAAGAAUGUGACCCACCACCGUCUGCCGUAUAGGGAUCUAUGGCGACUGGUGUAAUAGGGUGAGAGCCGUGGGCUACGAUCGCCCGUACAGCAAUACGGAGAGAGUGAUAAUAAUCCAUGUAUUAGUAACCUGCCUUCAGGUAUCAGGCGUAUAAUGGUCUCCAGCACUGCCGCGUUUUAUUCUCCUCUCUCACGGACUUGUGUUUUGUUUUUUACUAAAUUAUAUUUUAUUGAUUAAAACAUUUUGUGUUUGAUAAAGAGGAAUGGCUGAGA